GCACCAUGAGGCCGCACCCGGCUACUUCCCUGUUUGACAGCUCCAAGGCUUCAUGGUUGGUGGCGUUCUUGAAGAUAGGCAUGGUAGAAGGCCUCCAAAGAUCUUUCAUAUAUGAUACCCAGUGCAGUUCAAGGUUUUAAUAACUUAUUAAUACCUAGUAUCAAAAAAUUACGAACCUUUAAGAUGCCUAGAACGCUAUUACUUUGCUUCAUCCAUGGAUUCAAAGGCAAUGAUGAUACUUUCCAGUCGUUUCCUCAUGACUUGAAGGUACAAGUUGCCAAGAAGUUGCCGGACCAUGGUGUCGAGUCUGUUGUCUUUCCGAAAUAUGAGACGAAGGGAGAGCUGUCGCAAUCUACAGAACAAUUCCUAUCAUGGCUGAAGGAGAGGGUUAUGGAAGUGCGCAAAGCACACAGUGAGAAACCGUGGCCGCCGAACGAUCGAGAUGUCGGCGUUGUGUUGGUUGCGCAUUCCAUGGGUGGUUUCGUCGCAGCGGAUGCGCUCUUCUCCAUCUUGAAUGACAGAAUUGUCAACGAAGAGGACGAGAACACACCAAUUUUCCCGUUAAUCCAAGGUAUUUUGACAUUUGACACACCCUACAAUGGCCUUGCACGAUCCAUGUUUGUUUAUGGCGCUUUCUCCAACUAUCAGAAAGUAAGCAGUGUCUUCAACGUCAUGACGGCGAUCGGCGCGGCGGCUCCCGCACAACUUAGCAAACUUUCUCUCAAACGCGCAACUGCAUCGGCCGUUCCAGCUCGGAAUUCAAGCCCGGCAUGGAAAGGUUGGCAGCUGAUUGCUGUGAGAACUGGUACCGUUGGUGCUAUUGCGGCAGGUGGCGUCACGGCAUACAUGCACCGAAAGCAGAUCGUGGAGGGAAUGAAGAGUAUGCGCAGCAUGAACCGGGAGAGCGUCCAGGAGUCCGUGAAGGAAGGGUAUCAAAACAGUGUCGAUGCACUAGGUCAGGGGCUGGCGUACAUCAACCGCGGUAAUGUGGGAAAGUCUUUCGAGUACUUGUCGGACCACUUUACCUUCGUCGGAUCGUUGUUGAAGCAGCAAGAGCUAAGCAGGCGAUUGGAGCGCAUGGGUGCUCUGAAGGGUGUUGGCAUCCAUGACGUCUAUACAUCGCUCGGCGAGAAUGGAGUCUGGAGCGGCGGCUACUUUGUUCCAGAGAGAACUUUCUGUGCGAUACCAGAAAAAGACCAUGUCGCGAACCACGUAUUUUCUCGACAAGUCAUUACGGAGAUUGAGGAUGAAGUUCAAGCACAUAUGAGCAUGUUUAAGCGAGACAAAAACGUGCAGUACGAGCAGAUGACCGAUACCGCCAGCGAUCUUGUCAUAAAGUGGUUCAACGACGACUCUAGCAUUGUCGACGACCCCAAAUUUGCGAUUCCAGUGCCUCCUGAGCCAAUCGAAGAGCCUGUCGCAACUACUGAAGAGGGCAAGGAGAUUCCGAAAGUCGACGAGGCAGAAAAGGGUGUCGAGAAAGGAGAACAAGCUCAAUCUGAUGACGAGUCACUGCCGGAUGAGUCACCUCUGGAUAUUGCUGCAGCUGCGUCUUUGGUACCAUUGCCCGACGAUGAUGAGAAUGCACCUGACAGCAUUGAUGCUAAGGAUGCCGCAAAGAACACCUACAUGCGAUAUCUUUUUGGCGUUGCAGAGCAGGCUGGAACUGGGAUUAAAUCCUACGUGCCUAGGACUAUGCCCGAGAUACCUUCGGGCCCUAGUUUCAAGUCAUACAUCCCAACCCAAAUCCCAUCUAUCCCACAAAUGCCAACCUUGCCUUCGAUCAACUACUUCUCGCGAAAGCAGAAAACGGAUUCGGUCAUUGAUCUGCCUGCUGAAGCCACCAGCGACAACGCCAUAAUACCCCCGAUACUCUUGUGCUUGUAUAAUCACGGCCUUCGGAUCUUCUUCUAAUACUGCUGUUGGAAACUGUAAUCAUUCUCACGAUAUGCUACCUGAUGAGGUUCUUGAAAUUGACAGUCUCGACCAUCGCUUGGGGUUCAUAUGUAGAAGACACCAACCAAAAUAUUUUUUUUUCCCUGAUUACUGAACCUACAUUAAAGCGUCUUGGUUGACAGGACUUCUAUGAUUCUCAUCAUACUCUCGGCGAAAUGCGUGCUCUUGGUAGUCUGCUGUACUGUGGUAAGUGAACAAAGCUUCCGCUCCCGUUCCCACUUUUAACUCUGCGUCAUUGUGGGCUCUUCAUCGAAUCUAUGCAAGUGAUCGAUCUCGCUUGUCCUUGCAUCAGUUAACCCCUCACGCGGUACGAGGUAAACAAGGCAGUCAGGCUAACUUGGCAGUCUGGAAAUUGUUUGUACUAUGUACCGGCGAAAUGCGCUAAUAAUUGAACUGUGGUAGCAAGUGACUUGUGGUGUUAAUAAAGUUUCCCAAUCAACACUGCCAUA